AAACGGGGGGCGGGGCUACGGAUGAUGAUGACGCGCACAGCCGCCGCGCCAAAAACAAACAAAAUCCGCCGCUCGGCAGUGGACGUUUCCAUCUAAAGCAGCUCACGUACAUUGUUUGACAUUAAAUAAAUACUCACGGGCCAUGGAGGGAGCGUCUGCGAAAGGUGUUUUGAGUCACCUCAGUCUGCUGGAAGUUCAGGCAAGAAGCCGUAAGACUCAACCUAAGCAGCCGAGUCGCGUGCAGGAGCUGAAGGCUAAAGCGGAAGCGCUGACGAGGCAGAGAGACCAGCUGAGAGCCGAGGUGGAGACUCACAAGAAUCUCAAGAAACUGAGGGCAUCCAUGGACAAACGGUGUCGACGAGAAGAAGACGAAGAGGAGGGAAUGGAUGAAGACUCUGAGAACUCAAACCUACUGCGGCUGAUGGCCAGACAUACACAACUGAAAGACCUCCUGCAUGCUUAUGACGUCAUUGGUGGGUACAACAUCAUAAAAACCCGCCAAGGGAAAGGACUGUGUGUGUCUCUGGCAACAGCCUACGAGGGCGCCUACUUCGAAACCUACAACCUGGAGAUGGACCUGAAGCCAACCGUGAGGAUCAGUCGUCACAACGUUCCCCCGUUCAUCCCUUUGAACAACCUGGCGGAGCAGAGCAACAUGCAGACAGAAAUAAGGACUCUCCUGGACCCCCUCAGCCAGCAUCUCAACGCCUUUGCUGGUCGCAAGCAGCAGUUGAAGCUCGUUAAGGAGCUCCAUAAGUCUGUGGAAGUGAUGGAGAGUAACGUGUUGUGUUCAUUUCUGGUGCUGAUGUUCACGCUGCCGAGAGAGAAGACGGCGGUUCUCUGCUCACUUGACUACUCCGACUGCACCAGAUGUCUUCCCACGCGAGUCCACUUUGAAUGUGAAGACAAUGAGCUUCCUGAUUCUCCAGAGUGGAAGAAACACCGCAGCCUUCUCAUGGAGACUCCUGUGCACAAAGCUUUGAUAACCAUGAGGAAGAUGGGGAAUAUUGUGUAAUUAAUGAAGCUUUCUUUUUAAAAAAUAUGUACAUUCUCAUUGCUUACAAUAAAACACGGAUGGUUUCUUUCCUCUCUCGACAUGGAGGUGUGAAACCGCUGGUAGACUCCAGCCUGUCGGGGGGGGGGGGUCCCUCUACGGAGGUUUCACGUGCACUUCCAUGUCGCUCUUGUCCCGGAGCGUUUCUAUAAACGCCGCCACCCUGUUGCUCAACGUCUCCCUCAGAAUCUGCCUCAGCCGCUCCGAGUCCUCUCUUUCCAGCCGCUGUCGCCGGGCCAGCUCCUGUUCCGAUAUCGAAUCGAUCGUGGCGAUGUUCUUCAUCUGCAUGAGCGACACGCUGCUCUGGACGCGGCCUCUGCGUCUCACCGAGCCGGCGGGUUGGACCGGUGUCGACCGACUCGACUCCGCCGGUUCGCGUCCCCCGUCGCGAUACUGGGAUUUGCUGGAGUACGAUCUUCUGCCGGCGGCUGUUUGACACGUGUGCUCUCCAAUUUCCCUCAUCGCGAUGUUGACCGUCGCUUGAGGCUCGACCACUUUGACCAUCACGACCCGUCUCAGGUCGGUCACCAGCGAGUCUCUUCUCUGCUGGAGCCUCUUGCGAGUCCACCUGUACUGUCGGUCCAGCGCGCUCAGCCUGUGCUGGAGGUCCCUCUCCUCCUUUUGGUUCAGCACUUUCAGAUUUCUCUGCAGCCCACCGACUCGUCUGAGGCUUCGGUCCAUUACAAGAAGGAGAGACGGGUUUUCUCUCCCUGAUUCCACGAGUCACCCCUUUUUUCUGUUUU